AUGCCAAGGAAAUGUAUUGUUUGUAAUAAAUUGUACAUUAAGGGUUCAAAUGAAACAUUUCAUUCCUUUCCUAAAAAUGAAAUUAGAAAAAAAAUGUGGUUAAAAGCUUGUAAGAUAAAAUUGUGUUUGCCAUCAAACAAAAUAUGCAGUGAUCAUUUUUUACCGAAACACUUCUUACUAAGUGGAUACCUCUCAAGGGAUGCUGUUCCAUUCUUAGCUUCUACGAGUACAGAUAUUAAACCUUUGGAUGAUCAAGUUCCUUCUAGGCCUUGUCCAAAAGCUAUACAACUCCCAUGUGUUGAACGCACAGCUUCUACAAGUACAGAUAUUAAACCUUUGGAUGAUCAAGUUCCUUCUAGGCCUUGUCCAAAAGCUAUACAACUCUCAUGUGUUGAACGCACAGAUUCUACAAGUACAUAUAUUAAACCUUUGGAUGAUCAAGUUCCUUCUAGGCCUUGUCCAAAAGCUAUACAACUCUCAUGUGUUGAACGCACAGAUUCUACAAGUACAUAUAUUGAACCUUUGGACUAUCCCAUAGAGAAUAGUACCAUAACUUGCAGUCCUAAAAGUCGAAAACGUAAGAUAUUUAAUUCCAGCACAGUAGGAGAUUUAUCACCAAGUCAUUUUAGUUCUCCAAGAAAGGCAAAGAGACAUUUGGACAUGGUAAAGAACAGAUUUAAAGAGAAACAAGUUCAAAAUGGAAAUCUGAAAAAACAAAUAUAUAGACUGAAAAAAAAAAUUGAAAAAGAUGGUGAAUAUAUACAAACUUUAAAUAGACUGCUAAAAGAAAAAGAACAUAAAGAGAUAUUAAAUGAUAACAUAAUGGGAGCCUUAUCACCAAGUCAAUUAAUUUCUGCGAAAAAGGCGAAAAUUUGUCUGGACAAGAAGAAGAUGAAGUACAAAUUUAAAGAGAAACAAGUUCAAAAUGAAAAUCUGAAAAACCAAAUUCAAAGUCCGAAAAAUUAUACAGUUCAACAAGAUCAUGAUUAUACAAAUUUUCCAUACACUAAAUAG